UGCAUAAUUAUUCAAAUGAGGGGUAGAACCUUGGCAAAACUCCAUCAGUAUGACGCGUUAUUCCGGCGACUACCAUCCCGAAGCAACAUGGAAGCCCACAGUUGUGAUAAGCGUGGUCUUGAGCAUUUAGACGAAUAUGAACCCAAACCAGCCAAACAUAUGCGUAGCCUGCACGAUCGCAUGGUGGAAAGGCGACUAGUAGUUAUUUUAGAGGGGGCAACGCUGGAAACAGUGAAGGUUGGCAAGACAUUUGAACUGCUGAACUGUGACCAACACAAGGGCAUGAUCAUCAAAAGUGGACGGGACCCAGGGAAGAUUCGACCUGACAUUACACAUCAGUGUUUGUUGAUGCUGAUGGACAGUCCAUUGAACAGGGCAGGUCUCCUGCAGGUUUACAUCCACACAGAGAGGAACGCCCUGAUUGAGAUCAACCCACAGACACGCAUCCCCCGAACCUUCAACCGCUUCUGUGGCCUCAUGGUCCAGCUCCUGCACAAGCUGAGUGUGAGGGCGGCUGACGGCCCCCAGCGCCUGCUGAAGCUCAUCAAGAACCCUGUGUCAGACCACCUGCCCCCUGGCUGCCCCCGUAUUUGUACCUCCUUCUCCUCUGGGGAGGCAGUGGGUGCCCGCACCGUGGUACCAGAGGAUGGGCCCGCCACUGUGGUGGUCGGAGCAUUUGCACACGGAGCGGUGAAUGUGGACUACACAGAGAAGACUGUUUCCAUCAGUAACUACCCUCUCUCUGCUUGUCCUCUCCUGUCUUAGGUGAAUGUGGACUACACAGAGAAGACUGUUUCCAUCAGUAACUACCCUCUCUCUGCUGCCCUCACCUGUGCCAAGAUGUGCUCUGCCUUUGAGGAGGUCUGGGGCGUGUUGUGAUGAAGUUGAC